AUGGCUGCAGCUUCUUCGUCCUCUGUUGUUUCGUCGACGUCGUCUUUCCUGGUGCCUCCCGUUUCUUUGGUGGUGUCGGAUCAGGAGCUUCUUGAUGAUGGUUCGCUCGUGGUGUCAUCGUGCGUUUUACACAAGUUUUUCGAGUUUUAUGAGGUCUCUCGAGUCCGACGAGCUUUUCGUGAUCAGUAUCCAGCUGGCCGUUUUUUGCCCGUCACUGCUCCUACUCUGAGGCACGUCAUCGACAAUUUUCCUUACAUGAGUCGUGGUCACUAUGCUACUAUCGCUGGCGCACACUUCGUUAGUAUUCGGACUUCUGAUCGUAAGGAUCAUCUACGCGACUUGUUAAGAGUCCAUGUGUGUGACACUCGGUGUGUCAACAAUCUUGUUGUAUUUCAGCUUUUGAAGACACCUCGGCGAUACUUCGCACAUGAGAUGAUGCCUGACCCAUUUUCAGUUCUUUUUAAGCCAGCAAGUCGUAAUCGAGCCACUCGGUCCAAACACAUCGUGAUGACUGAUGGUGAGACACCUCAAGCCAAGCAGCGGCGUCAAACUUGUGUAACCCACGAUGCUCCUGAUGAUUGUGAUGGUGCCUUUCCGAUCCUGCUGUCUUUUGACGACAAAAAAAGCAUCAUAGCUGAAUGGCAACAACAAAUGAGCCAGACGUCACUCCGAAGGAGUCCAUGUGCAUGUUGUGCUCACAAUGUCCCGGCAACGGAAUUGGUGCUUGUUGAUAUUCAGAAGGUGCCGCUGCAUUUACUUCGCAAUGACUGUCUACCCGAGCACACUCUGCCGCAAACCUAUGCUUUUGAAUUGUAUGAGCGAGCUAUAUUGUAUCCCAAGGGGUUACAAGAUCUAUGGGCUAAAUCGGACAUAUACUUGUGUCGCACUUGCCGCUCAGCUUUGGUGUCUAAGUCACCGCGGCAGCCUGUCAAUUCUCUAGCCAACUUUCAAUAUUACGCUCAUGAACGUUUACCACCAUUGAUCCGUUCAGCGUUCUUGGAAGCCUCUGUUUACGAUCUGAUGUUGGUCUCUCGAGCUCGUGCAUCUCAAAUUGUCCACCAUUAUGCAUACAAACCGUCAUCUGGAUCCCAUUGGACUGCCGAGGAGGCCUCACAGUGA